CUCCAAAGCCAAGCCGAGAAGCACCGUAACAUUUCCCCAAAAGACAGUUCCACUUUACGUUCCUCGAGCACGAUUCGUUCUCUCUCGCAAUUCCCAACACAAAGCACAGCACCAACCAACACCUGAGAGAGAGAGAGAGAGAGAGAGAGAGAGAAAGAAAAGUGAAUUUUCCGAUGAAGUUAAUUGGCGACGGAGGCGGUGGCCGGACGGUGUUGGUCGGCGUAAAAUUAGAUCCUCGGAGCCGGGAAUUGCUGACGUGGGCUCUCGUCAAGGUGGCUGAGCCUGGCGACCUUGUCAUUGCGCUUCACGUUCUCGACACCAUCACUGAAGGUACAUCAUCGCUGCUAUCUCUGGUGAAGACAUUUGAUUCUGUUCUCGCGGUAUACGAAGGCUUCUGCAAUUUAAAGCAGGUUGAUCUCAGGCUUAAAGUAUGUAGAGGUGCUUCGGUUCGGAAGCUUCUGGUACAAGAAGCGAAAUCGUUUGGCGUUGCGACGGUGAUUCUAGGAACUUCUAAAUCUCAUCACCCAAUCCGUUCGUCGACAUCGGUUGCCAAGUAUUGCGCCAAGAAAUUGCCUAAGUGUAUCUCUGUCUUCGCUGUUGAUAAUGGCAAAACUGCAUUCCAUAGAGAAGCUACCACAAUAUGUAAUAAUAAUAUUGAUCAAGAAAAAUUACUACAUGAAGGAUCAAGUUUAUCACCAAAAUCGUUGGUGGCUUAUAUAAAUAAAAAUAUGAAGAAUUGUGAAAGAUGUGCACUGCAAGAGACUUCUGAUACUGAAUUUAAGCAAGGGUUCCCUGAUGAUCUUGAAAAGGAAAAUCCCCUUGCUAUGGUACCAUUUCAAAAACAUGAUGAUGAUCCUGGUUAUUCAGUUGUGGUGUGUGAUUCAAAACAGUCAAAACCUGGUUGGUCACUCCUUCGCCAGGUAUUUCACCCCAGAAAGCAUACUCCCAAGGCUUUCCUGAAAAAUACAUUUGUUUUUCAUCGGCCAUUACGACAGCCCGACCGGCAUUUUUCAGCUGUAGUCCAUCCAGAUCAUAAACAAAUUACUGUUGAGCAGAAUGAUGAUUCCACCCUGAAUGGGGAGAGUGGUGCCAUUGUGCCAUUUGGAUCUGAUACCAUCUUUCCUCCUCUAGCCCUUUGCUGUGACUUGAGUAACCUUCCUGAAGAAUUGUUGGUCUUACAAGAGAAGUACUCAUCUUCAUGUAGAUUAUAUAGUUUGCAGGAACUUGUAUCUGCAACCGCUAACUUCUCACCCGAAAAUUUGGUUGGCAAAGGUGGUAGUAGUUAUGUUUAUAGAGGAUGUCUUCCAGAUGGAAAGGAAUUGGCUGUGAAAAUUUUGAAGCCAUCUGAAGAUGUGCUAAAAGAGUUUGUUCAGGAAAUUGAGAUCAUUACAACUUUGCAUCACAAGAACAUAAUAUCUCUUUCUGGCUUUUGUUUAGAGGGCAACCAUUUACUACUGGUUUAUGAUUUUUUAUCAAGGGGAAGCCUAGAAGAAAAUCUUCAUGGCAAUAAGAAGGACUGUAAUGCAUUUGGUUGGCAAGAGAGGUACCGGGUGGCUGUGGGUGUAGCUGAGGCAUUGGACUAUCUGCAUAAUGGCUGUGCACAGGCUGUGAUCCAUAGAGAUGUGAAAUCUUCGAAUAUUCUUCUUUUGGAUGAUUUUGAGCCUCAGCUCUCAGAUUUUGGACUGGCUAGUUGGAGUUCUUCUUCUUCCCAUAUUACUUGUAGUGAUGUGGCCGGAACUUUUGGGUACCUAGCUCCUGAAUACUUUAUGCAUGGUAGAGUGACUGACAAAAUUGAUGUAUAUGCUUUUGGUGUUGUACUCCUUGAGCUUCUCUCAAAUAGGAAGCCCAUUAACAAUGAGUGUCCAAAGGGCCAGGAGAGCCUUGUUAUGUGGGCAACAACAAUUUUGAAAGGUGGGAAGUUUUUCCAGUUGCUUGAUCCAAGCCUGGGCAGUGAAUACGACCAUUGCCAGAUGAAGAGAAUGGUUUUGGCAGCUACUCUCUGCAUUAGACGGGCACCAAGAUUGCGUCCCCAAAUCAGCCUUAUAUUGAAACUUCUGCAUGGUGAUGAAGAAGUGACAGGAUGGGCAGAACAAGAAGUUAGUGCUCCACACGAACUUGAUGGAUUUGAUGAGGAACCAGCUCCAACUAAUAUUCAGUCCCACCUGAACCUUGCUUUGCUGGACUUGGAGGAUGAUGCAGUUUCUAUCAGUAGCACUGAGCAGAAUGUCUCAUUGGAGGAUUAUUUGCAGGGCAGAUGGAGUCGCUCUUCAAGUUUUGACUAACCAGUUCAUCACGGCACCGUCUUGGAACAAAUGUCUGUUUCAUAUAUAUUAUUUUGUUUUCUUAGGUUAGAAUUUCAAAACUCUGCGGCUGCGCAGAUUGGGUCUUGGAAGGCGAGGUCCAAAUAGUUCACCCCCUCCAUGACUUUGUAUCUAAUUUAAUUUUCUACGCAAAGACUUUUAACGGUAGCCCUCAUGUUGUUGAGCAUUUGGGCGUUUUGGAGCAAAAUCCUAACGGGCUAACUCUGUAGAUUUGGAAAAAAAUGUGAACAUGUAUCAAAAAAAAAA